AUAAACGAACUUCUAAAUGUCCAUAGACAAAAUAUGAGCGAUAAUUGAUACAGUAACAUGAAAACGUUUUCGGUUUCACUGGUUAUCUUCUGUGUUUUCUGUACAGUGCUCGGGCAGGAGAACAAUGUGUGCCCCACAUUUAAGGAUUACUACACUAUUAAAAACAACUCCAAUUGUUGGUACGAUCUGGCGGCAGAGUACAAUGUGCCGGAAACUAUCAAACGCCAUGGAUAUCCUGUGUUAGAGUACAAAGUACAGACACCUGAUGGUUACAUCUUAACAAUGUUCAGAAUACCGAGAGACGAUACGAAAAAUCCUAAAGCAAAAUAUCAUCCAGUAUACUUGCAGCAUGGAUUGGUAGCAACAUGUGCCAAUUUUGUUGGAUUAGGCAAAAAUUCUUUAGCUUUUGUCCUGGCGGAUGCCGGAUAUGAUGUUUGGCUAGGAAAUUACAGAGGAAAUUCAUAUUCACAGGAACAUGUGAAUCUAACUGUCUACGACGAAGCUUACUGGGAUCAUAGUAUGGACGAAGUAGCCUUACUGGACUUACCAUCAACUUUUCGGACAAUUUUGAAACACACAGGUCACGAUAGCAAAAUUAUUUUCAUUGGACAUUCACUGGGAACCUCUAUAGCGUUAAUGUAUGGAGCAGAAUUCCCUGAAGAAGCAAGAAAUAUAAUUCACCUGUUUGUACUUAUGUCUCCUGCAUACACGUUGUCAAACAUGAUUUCCCCAUACAGACUAGCAGCGCCCUAUGGAGAUUUCAUUCUUGAUACCGUGCGCAACCUGAAAAUGGAACGACUAGUAUCUCAUGCCCAGGAGUUACGAAGAAUGGUUGUACCGAUGUGCACAGAAUCACCUCCGAUGAUGCAGUUUUGCAUGCAAUUGUACAAUCUUUUCUAUGGACCAAACACGGAUUUGGGGCCGGAAAGCAUCCCAGUGUAUUUUAACCAGCUGCCAGGUGGAACAUCUAUAAAGAUUUUGAAUCACGCUGCAGAUCUUGUCUUAGGAAAUUUCCGUAAAUACAAUUACAAACAUCUUAACUUAAAACACUACGGCAGAUUAACUCCACCAAUAUACGAUAUCAAGAACAUCCACGUUCCCGUCUACCUCAUGUUUAGUGCUCAAGAUUGGGCCACCCCAGAAGCAGACGCCAGAAACUUAUGGAGAAACUUACCAAGUGAAAGUAGGUAUGGAAUGAGAAAAAUCAAUAUCGACACCUUCAAUCAUAUAGACUUCGUUUUUGGAAGACACGCUAGACAACUUGUAUAUGAUCCCUUAGUAGAAGUGCUAGAUAAAUCUAUAGGAAAUUAAUUUAUUGGAUAGAUAUGUACACACAUUUGAAUUUUAUUUAAAAAGUAUUAAACUAUAAUCGUAAAACACAGUUACCAUAAGUUUAUAUGAGAUAGAUUUUUUAUCAUGGCACUGAUUAUAUGUGUUAGCAAUGAUGAUUACUACCAUAAUGCGAAACUUAAAGAGUAAACUAUUUAAAAAAAUAAAUAUUGCUUUAAUGAUUAAACUUCAAUCUGAAUUAAUUAAUAAAUCAAUAAAUAUUUUGUAUUAUAAAUAACGUAUCAAAUUACCAAACAAAAUGAUAUUUCCCUACCAGAUUACAAAUAUAGCGAAUCAAAAUCAUUUAUAUUCAGUGGAAAAUAUCAAUGGUGUUAAGAAAGUUUCGCAUCAUGCAUUCAUCUUCAUUGUCGUUAGUGUGUUUGAACACCUGACUGAUAUUACUAACUACUGCGUAUUUAAAUGUAUUUUAAGUA